AUGUCUACUAUUAAGCUUACUGAUUGCGAUGUUCAUGAUGCACAUGGAUCUAUGGAAGAAGUGAAUCAGUACGGUGCUGUCAGAUUAUCAGUUGAAGGAAAAAAAGAUCCUAGGACUGGCAAGUUACUCAGGCCUUGGCAUUUUGAGGAUGUUCCGGGAUUCUUCAAACAGUCUAACCCGAAUACCGAUGAUUCCACGUUUGAUCUCAUAGGUGAGAGAUUUGGAUUGGAAUUGAAAUCUUGGCAGGAAGUUAUUUACAAGGUGAACGAGUUGAACAAAAAUGCAAAAGCCAACGAACAAUACAAAUUGGUCUUUUGUGGUAGACAUGGUCAAGGAAAUCAUAAUGCAGCAGUGUCUAUUUUUGGCUUGAAGGAAUGGGAUGAGAAGUGGGCAUGCACAACGGGAACUACAUUGGCAGACGGAACCCGUAUGGUGUGGGGUCCCGAUCCCAAACUAACAGAUUUGGGAAGACAACAGGUGAGUGAAAUUCACGAGGCUCUUCUCAAGGAGUUAAAGCAGGGAUUACCUCUUCCCACCAAAUUCUACAGCUCUCCUUUCACCAGGGCUGCAUCUACUCUAGUUAUCACCUGGAAGGGCAUUUCUGUUUGUAGGGAUGGUGAUGACGAAUCUCAGCUUGUGAGUAAAAAGAGAUAUCAUCCUUUAGUCAUGGAGAAUCUUAGAGAAACAAUUGGUAAGCAUCUCUGUGAUAAACGUGGUACAAAAUCCGACUUUAUCAAAAACUUGAGAGUCUGGGGUUUUAAAUUCGAGCCCGGUUUCCCAGAAGAAGAUGUUUUAUUCAAAGAUGAUUGGAGGGAGUCUGUUCUUGAGCAAUGCCUCAGGGCAGAUUUGGCUCUUCAAGAGAUUUUCGAAGACCCUCCAAAGGAUGAGGUUAUUUAUACUGCUUCACACGGCGGAGAGAUACGGUCCUUCAUUACCGCCAUUGGACAUAGACCUUUCUCUAUUCCAACAGCAGGCUUCAUCCCAUUGUUGAUUAAGGGUACAAGAACUCAAAACUAA